ACCAUGCGUGAUAACAAAACUGUCCCAAGAUUACAGGACGCGAACAUAUCGUCGUGGUGAUAAAACACACACCAGCAGCAAAUCGAGGCCAGAGGCUUCGUACAAGACUUCUAAAGUAUGUUUUAGGUCUGACGAACGUGCGGCCCGGGGCGAGGCCUCGCUGACAGGCUUCCGGCGAACGGGGCCAUUCGUGUUGGCGAACGGGGCCAUGUCAGUGGUAUCAGGCUUGACUCGUUACGACGAAGAUGAGAGCGCUAAGGCUAUUUGCCCGGCUGGUCGUGGCGCUGCUCGCCCUCACCUGUGUCAGCAAGCCGCAUGAACGCACCUGUGGAGUGUACGCUCACAGCAAUAUCACCAACGAGCCCGAGUUUGUCGAGGAGUGCUUGGCAGCGCUCCUGGAACCCCUGGCCUUCUCGUGCCAGGGAGCAAGGGUGCACGGACCCCUUGCAUUGCCGGGGGGUGGCAACGGGACCACAGCAACAACCGCAGCGCUUCGGCAACCGGGGAUAACCACCCGCGUGCUUUUGGGCGCUGUCUUCCAGUACUGCACGGAUGACGGGGUAACCAGGCCCGUGCGGGUCCUGGUGCCGCCCACCACCACCGGCAGCCUGGUGGCGGCAGCAGCCAAGGCCAUCACAGAUGCGUUUGCUGACUUCCCUUACCGGCGGCGGCCCCUCAUCACAAACUUCACCCAGCCGGCCAGCCUGCGUGCCUACGAGGAUGAGGUGUUGCGGGCAGCGGCAGAUCGCGCGAGCGCGCUGCUGCAUGCUAUUGCAGCAUCGCCACCAGAAGCAGAGGACGGAGCCAAUGGCAGCAGCGCCAGCCAUUCGAGCAACAUCUCGCGCUCUCCAAUUCCUUCGUAUGAUACCAUCUUCAUGACGUACGCAACGAUGCAGGACCUGCGAGCUGCACAGGCCGUCACGGGGCUCGCUGCAAUUUCCAGCAUGGACCAACUCUUCGAGCGGCAGGACAUCCACCCAGCGCUCCUGGGCCUUGUGACAUACGCGGACGAGCUGAGCGCGGUGCCGCUGGACGGCUCGCAGCUGCUGCUGUACGUGCGAAGGGACGUCCUGGCGGCGGCGGGCGCAGCAGCGGCGGCUGGAGGCGCUGGUGGCAGCAGCAGCGGUGGCGGGGGGCUGCGGGUUCCGGACACCUGGGAGCAGCUGCUGGAGGUGGCAGCUGUGACGAAUGGGCUGCAGGCAGACCAGCUGGUGGUGACCGUAAACGCGACCGGCGGCGUGAUGUACGAGCAGGCGCGGCGGGCCGCGGUGGCCGGGUUCUGCUUCCCGCCGUCGCCGCGUGUGUUAGGGGACCUCGCCCUCGCCGUGCUGGCGUCGCUUGUGCAGUUGUCGGGGCCACAGCAGGGCAUGUACUUGAAUCCUGACACGUUGCAGCCGGCAACCACAACCGCCGCCAUGCCGUACGUGUUGUCGUACUUGCGGCGCCUGGCUGCGUACUCGGCCCCCGUGGCCUUCUCGGCUGGUGCGCCGCAGUUCAGCAACGACUUCGCUCUUGGGCGAUGCGCCAUGACGGUCGGCACGGCGGCGCAGUUCAGGCGCAACAGCCACGCCGCGCACCCCGCCGGCCCCUCCGCAGUCAUCGGCCGGGUCACGGCGACGCUGCUGCCGGGCAGUGAUGUGGUGCUGUCAACGGACGGCCGGGAGCUCGUGGGCUGCACUGCUGAUACAUGCCCGCACAGCGAGACCGUUGCGAGGGGGGUGUGGUCGGGCACUAGCAGCACUACCGGCGGCACCACCAACAGCCACAGGCGCCUUUUGGCGACGCUGGGCUCCAACGCCCCCGCCGCCGUCAGUGGGUCCGCGGCCGCGGCGCAAGCCAUGGCCGCAGCUGCUACAUCCGCAGCCGCACCUGCCGCUGCUGCUGCUGCUGCUGCUGCUGCCGGUGCGGUCGUGCGGGUGAACCGGUCACCGCUGCUGGUCCCUGAGGGCCUGGCGGGUGGGCUGGACGGCACGGCUGACGUGAUGGCGCAGCUGUACUCGUGGACGCUGUUGAGCAACUUCGGCGGGCCGGCCGGCAGCUGGACGCUGCUGCUGCAGCCUUCGGCCGGGGUGGGCCCUUGGCGCAGCUCCCACCUGGAGGGUGGCGCCGUGGACCGAUGGUCCGCCGCCGGGUUUGAGGCAGCUGACACGCAGUCAUUCCUGGCCGCGGCCCGCAACACACUGGCACACCCCAACUACGCACCGCCCUUGCGCACCCGCACAGCGCUGCAAUACACGCGCGCGGUGCAGGACGCCGUGUGGACGCUGCUGGACGCCCCGCCCAUUGUGUCCUGGAGCGCGAUGCAGGAGCAGGCGCACCAGCGCGGGGUGGCGCAGGCGCUCAAGGACAGCGUGGGGCUGCUGUACGGCGCUGACACGGCGCCCGUGCCGCGCGCGGUGCUACUGGCUGAGUACCGGAGCAGCCUGGAGAUUCUAGGCAGCCCCAACUGCGUGAGUGCUGAUGAGCCACCGCAGCAGGGAUCUGGGGGCCAGAGCAAGUCAGCGUCAGCUGCCGUGGCGGGCGGCAUUGUGGCGGCCGUGUGCUUCACGGUGCUUGCGGUCCUGGCGCUGCUGCUCGUGUACCGCGUGUGGCGAAGGCGGGGACUGGGGCGGCGGCUGUCGAGCAACUGGCGUGUGUUAGAGGCGCCCAGCGCCUCGCCGGAUACCGCAUUGCUGGUCACCGACAUUGAGGGAAGCACGUCAUUGUGGGAGGCGCUGCCGGAGGAGGUGAUGGACCGAGCGCUGCGUGUGCACCACAUCACCGUCAGAACGGUUGGCCGGAAAUAUUCAGCCUAUGAGAGCGCAACGGAAGGUGACUCCUUCAUCCUGGCUUUCGCCUGUACCGCUAAUGCGGCCCAGUUCGCAUUGGAGCUUCAGCGCACGCUGCUUAUGGCGUGCUGGCCUGAGGAGCUGCUCGAGGUGCCCGGCUGCGCGCCUGUGUACGUGCGCAAGCUGGACUGGGUCGCCAAGGCCAACCAGGUGUCGCUGGUGCCGGCGCCGACACGGUUUGGCGGCGCCGCCUUACCACACGCCUCAGGCCCCGGUGCCAUGCUUGGGGAACCUUCCGCUGCACAUAACGGCCGGGGUCGGCGCAGCUCAAUUGUGCUUGAAGCCCUUGCGUCUCUCAGCUCUACUGUGGGCGGCGGCAGCGGCCAGCUCUCUCGCAUGCUAACCAGUGGGCUGAACGGGGCGGACGCAUCGACACGCAUCCCCGCAGCCAUGGGAGCGCUGAGCGCAGCAGCCUCGUUUCUCUCGGCCCAACGGCUCUCAGAGCUCCAGGCAUCGAGACAUUUACAGCUUUCAGUCUGCUCUCGGAACACCGCCGGCACGCAACCUGCUGACGCCACAAGCAGCACGGAGCCUGCGGCACGCGAAGGGGUUAGCACCCAGAAGCACACACUGCAGCAGCCCGCCGCGGCGGAGUUGCCCCGGGAUGCUCAGGGUGCGCACGGUAGCAACCCUGUGGGCGGCAACGUCAUAGCAGGGGCAGACGCGCGUGGCAGAGGGAGCAUGGAUAACAACAGCGGUGGCGAGGAAGGGGGGCGUCAGCAGCAGAUUGCUGGGAACCAGCAUGCUGGCGCGGCGGCCACACAUGGCGGCGUUGUUGACGCAGCAGCCGCAGAGGCUGCGGCGGUGUUGCCCAGCGGGUUGUCAGACGUACCCCAGCUGCUGCCGGCACUGCCCUCAACGCUGUUGCUUCGGCCGUCGGAUCUCGCGCUCGCGUUCAACUUCGCGCCACAGCACCGCGUGGUGUCAGCUGGCGGCAUCCGCCCCAGGGCUAUGGACGCCGCUGCUGCUGCUGGAGCUUCUUCAUACCUAAGCUUUGGUGAUGUCCUGCACACAACCGCGCCUGCUAGCACGCUUGGCGUGCCGCCGCUUGCAUCUCAACGCGGCGGCAUUGCUACUCAGCCGUUCCAGAAGGGCCUUCACGUGCACUUACAGGCACUGCAGCACCAAAGCAGUGGAGGGGAUGCGCUGGGGCAUCAGCAGGCAACCACAACCGCGGCACUCGAAACCGGCAAAAAAGUGCCGAGCUUCGGCACGAACUUCUGGGCCGCGGCUGCAGCUGCUGCAGCUGCUGCGGGCCUGGUACAGGGAAGCCGGCGCAGCAGCAGGUGGCUGCACUUCUUUCAAUCUGGCGGUGGAAAGGGCAGCCACACGCGGCGGACGUCCACACCGUCCGGCCAUGCGAACCCAUCAGAGGCACCAGAUGCUCUGCUGGGCCCUGACUGCGCCCCCGACAAGCCCGUCGUGCCUCAUGCAAGGGGCGAAGCAGGGCUUCAGUCACAGAGCGUCCAGCAACAUGGAGGUCCAGCCGCGCCCAGGUUCGAGCGCAUGUCGGCCUCUCACGUCGAGAGUAGGCAUGCCCACUACCCCGCCGCUUUCAGUCCACCUGCCGCUGCUGCUGCUGCCAAUACCUGCAGUGCCAGCGGUGCUGCGGCCACUGCUGCUGCCAAUAACUGCAGUGCCAGUGGGGCUGCGGCCACUGCUGCUGCAGCCUCGUCAUCCGCGGCCCUGGCCCUGGCCAACCGGUUCUCUGCCCUGGCGGCAGAGUUGGGACCGGGCGAGUUCUCGGUGCACGGCGGCAAGAAGCUGGCCCAGCGCAACAGCCUGCUUCAGCUCCAGCCGCCACAGCAGCAAGGGCAAAUGCUGGGCAUACGGGGCUGGUCGUUACCCAGACAGGCCUCUCGCAACCGCGCAGCGGGCGGGGGGGCUGCUGGCGCCACUGUUGUGAGCGUGGCCGACACCAACGCAGCAGCCAAUGCUGCUGGAGGAAGCCAACAGCAGCACUUACUAGGCGGCGGCAACAAGCGGCGGGAUCCCUUGCCUGCGCUGCGAACCAGCAACCCGCAGGAGCAUGGGGCCAGGAUCAGCCAGGCGCGCUGUAGCAGCUUUACGGCACAUGCGUCCGGCACGGGGGCCUCAGCAGCCGCGCACCACCAGCUGCCCUCGUCUGUCCCCUAAUGGAGCUGGCGUCCGAACAGCAACAAGGGCACGCAGCGGGUCGAGGGCGAA